AUUAUAUUCAAAGGAAAUGGGCUGAAACAUAUCGCUCUCAAAGGGCUCAGAUUCAGAUACUGCGAAAAUAGUACUCUUGCUGGGUUUGGACAACUCUGGCAAAACAACACUGCUAUACAGGAUUAAAUAACGAUGAGUUUUCAGAUAGUGUGCCAACUAUCGGGCUCAACAUUGAAGAAGUUGAGAAAGAGAACUUCCGAAUGACCUUAUGGGACGUCAGUGGGAAAUCCAAAUAAGUUAUGGAAACAUUACUACGAUAGGGUUGAUGGGAUCAUCUUUGUGGUCGACUCCACUGAUACAGACCGGAUAAGCGAGGUCAAGAGGGAACUGGAGAGCAUUAUUCUGGAAGAAACCCUUCAAACAGUUCCUAUCAUGAUCCUUUGUAAUAAAACUGACAUUAGUAAUGGGCUCAAAUGACUCAAAACUGAAAACGACAAUUUUGACAUUGCCCCUUGAAGUGCAAAGACUGGGAUAGGUGUCUGGGAAGGCAUUGAGAAGCUACAGAAGCUCUUCCCUUCUUAGGUUAUUUAAAUAAUUUUUAUGGUAAAUAUUCUUACCAGGCUUUUAAGAAGAAGGAAUCAUGAUCUUUCUCAUUGGUGAACGGCCAUUUAGGUUAAGAGAUGAUAUU